AAAAGCUGUCAUCACCUAAGACUAAGAUAAAAUGCUAAUUAAGUUCUUGCGGUAUAACAAAUAAUAAUAAUUGGGUUUUAAUCUUUUUGUUUGUCAUUGUUUUUUUUAUUAAUAUUUAUUUACAAUAGAUGCCUUUGCAACAAUUUAAUUUGAGUUUUAUUGAUUCCGUUUUGUAUUGGCAAUGAUUUAUUAGCUAUAUAACAUUGUUUCAAAAUUUUGUAAAAAUCAUUCGACGAAUGGAGUCGAUGAACAUGGAGCCGAUGGCGUCGGUGGAUCGUCUGACGAAACUGAGGGAGGUACUGACCUCAAAGAAGGAGGGACUGAGCACCUGUCAAUCAAUCACAUUCUGGUUGUUGAUUUUCUUCAACGUCACCAUCAUCGUCAUUUUUGGAGGAUUCAUCAUCAAGCGGAACUUCACCAUGUGGAGAGGUCUGCCCGACGCCAAGUUUCAGUCAUACAAAGAAAAGUUUUUUAAUAAAAUGGUUUUAUUAAUUUUGAUAAACGCAGAUGGCGAACAAUACAAUUGGAUGGACGAAUAUAAAAGAAACAUAACAGGCGACGAAAUUGCCCGAAUAUCAAUAACAGCCACCGGUCGCUACCUGAUCCACAGUCGCGUGGCCUAUGAAUGUCGCCCCAACCACCACAACCACCAUCUUGAAAAUCAGGUAAAAUACUACACGCACCAAGUCCGCGUGUCCAGGACCCAUAUUCAGAAAUCUGAUCGUGUGGACAAGAUAGCCGUCACUGGGAUCGUUGACCCCCCACAAACCAAACUCAUCUGCUACGACAGCCACAUCAUUUUCGAAGCGGAAGCCACGAACGGAUCGGAAGUGACGUCACACAGUGACGAGUAUUUGUACGCCGAUUUGGAGGUCGUCACGUUGGAGUGA